CCUAGUAGCACUUUCCUGGGGGGAGAACGGACAAGUAGCUAGACUGAAGUGUGCCUGCCCCCGGUUUCAAGAAGUUGGUCGUUCAAGGACUGAAGCCACUAGAUCCAUCUACUGCCGGUACUGAUAAUCAGAGAUGGCGCCCCUGCUGGUGGAUUCAGUCGCUCGUCGCCUUGCUGUCUUCGCGUGCAUUGCGCAGAUCUUUCUCACUUGGAUCUUGCUGGUGCCAUGCGUGCAACUGGAUCACUGUGCCACAGCUGCGGAGGUGGCUACCCUGCACGCCUACCCGAUCUACCUGUUGCUGUCCAUCGUUGCCACCGAGCUCAUGGUGAAGCUUGGCAUGGUGUGGCGGCGCCUCCGCCAGGCGUUCUUCUUCCUAGUUCUCGUACUGUACGUCGCGAUCGCCUACUAUUUUGGCUGCUAUCACUCCCUCCUCUUCAUCAAGACCAUGGGCGGCUUCAGCGUCCUGGGCAAGACCGCCCUCGUCGUUGGCUCCAUGGCCAUGUUGGCGCCGAUGUGCGAGAACAUCCUGGUGUGCUUCCUCACUGUCUUCCUCGGGUACUAGUAGUCUAGUACACAUUUUCAUGGAGGUGCCCAAGAACAAUAAUAAGUAAUCAUUGUUGUGUUGCUGCUACUGGGGACUCUGAUUUCUGAUAAGAGGGGUAGCUAGGUACUGUGGAGUGUGGUGUGGUCAGUUGUAUCUGGGUGUUCAGCUUCGUCUUUGUUUUCUGAACUCGGUUCCACUUGUUCACUGUCUUCCUCGGCAACUCGUAGUCCAGUACACAUUUUCAUGGAGGCGUCGAAGAACAAUACUAAGUAAUCAUUGUUGUGUUGCUGCUACUGGGGACUCUGAUUUCGAUAAGAGGAGUAGCUAGGUACUGUGGACUGUGGUGUGGUCAGUUGUAUCUGUGUGUUCACCAUCGUCUCUGUUUUCUGAA